GAUACAAAUUUAAGGAUAUUGUCCUUGCAGUGUUCAAAAUAAAAUGUGAUAUCAUAGAAAGAGUGACAAAAAUGGCAAAAAUUAUAUCGACAAUCAAAGCAAUCCUAACCCGUCUCAUAUUCAGUGCACAUAGUUUAAUUGCAAUUUGGCAAGUGACAGAAAAUAAGGGCCACAUUAUUUACUGGUCCCUAUGCGGACCGUUGGCUUUGCUUCUGCUCGAAGGAAUAUUCACACUAGCAAUCAAAAAGAAUCAGGAAUGGCGAUGGUUUUGUCCAUCAGUAUUUCUAUAUUUGGGCAGCAUUGUGCCGGCGAUAUGGCUUUUAGAAUUGGACAAAGUGGAUCGUCGCAAUGCCGGAAAAAACAACAUCCCAACAAAUCAUUCGCUUGAUUCGUCUCCUUUGGGGACAAUCGAUGAUAUCCUCGGAAAUACAGGAAUUGAUAUGCCAAGUAUCAAUGUCGACACUUGGACAACAUUAAUUGAACAAUUUCUAAUGUUAAUUUUGAUAGUUGGAAGAUGGUUGCUACCGAAGGGUGAUCUUACUCGAGAUCAACUAAGUCAGCUUCUAUUGGUGUAUAUUGGUACAGCAGCUGAUAUAAUUGAAUUUUUUGAUUCUUACAAAGAUGACUCAAUUGCCAAAAUACCACUUUUGGUAUAUUUAACUUUGGGCAUUUGGUCAUGGAGUUUGUUGCAGUUUACAAUUGUUUUGUCUGCGACAAGGGCUCGUAGAUCACGUGGAGGUGGUCCACGAGAUAAUGAAAAUCACGACUGUUGCAAUAAUUGUUGCUGUGGAAUUGACAUUUGGGGAAUAGUUUUGAACGUUAUUCUUCAAGAUGCGCCAUUUUUGACAUUUCGAUUGCUUAUUAUUUUUCAAUAUAAAAUUAUUAAUUAUAUGAACGUGUUUUUUACAUGUAAAAACUCUUUGGUGAUUGUCCUACAACUGUACAGGUUGUAUGUGGUUAAUUCGGAGUUCUGGAAGGCACGGAAAGCAAGUAAGGCUUUGAGAAAAUCGCAAAUAAAUAAAACAAGAAGACGUGGAUCAGGUGAUCUGACAGAUGUUUAUGUGAUAUCAGAAAGAGGCACAGAGUCAAGACGAAGACCGAAAAGAGCAAAAAACUAUAGUGAUGAUGAAUAUGUUCGAAAGAAAAAACCAAAGAAGGAUAAUAAAUAUCGCACCCGCAAGGAUACUGGUUAUUCAACAGCGAGUUCUCAAAAUCUCCACUCAACUCGAAUUCUCGACGAAAAACCCGGAACUCGGCGCAAAGACAAGAAACCCCCAAAGAAACCCAAACGAGAUCCCAGCACUUCGCCAAGUGAUUCCGAUAUAAAAAUGAAACGUUUAAAAACCAAGAAAAACGGAACAAAAAAAAAUAAAGUUUUUGAAGCUGUGACCGAAGAAUCUUCAUCUUCAUCAUCAUCGUCGUCGACAACAUCUCCAUCAUGGGCAAGCGAUUCAUCUUUGCCAAGUUACGAAGUGAUUAGGGAUAAAAAGUCAAAGAAACGUCGUCGAAGAUCGAGUUCAUCGUCAUCGUCGGCAACAUCAUCUGAUGGUUCAUCGAGUUCUUCUUGA